CGAGGCGGUGGGGCUGAAGAGACUGCGGGCGCGGCAGCAUGCCCCUCGGCCGGCGCACCCCGCCUCUCUGCUCCGCAGGGGCUGUUCCUGGCGCUCCCCCGGCACAGUGCGUCCAGUCUCCGGCCGUAGCUCCUCCGCUUGCUGGCCUCCACGGCUGCACCUGAGCUCAAUGGCAACUGGUCCCGGGAGCAGCUAGGAGCUCCUUGCUUUUCUCUCUGAGCUCAGGGACAUGAGCCCCACAACCACCUGAAGCGCACAGGGGGCGCCGCGCGGCUAAGACCGCGCCCCCGAAGUCCUGCACCUUAGCCUCUGCACUGCGGGACGCCGGAACCGGACUCCAGCAGAGGCGUCCUCGGAAGAGCAGCCGGGUGGGACAUGGAGCCCUCAGCGCCCACGGACCAGGCUCGGGCGGCCGCCACCAAGCUGUCUCAAGCCGUGGGCGCGGCGCUGCAAGAGCCCCAGAGGCAGCGGCGUCUGGUGCUGGUCAUCGUGUGCGUGGCACUGUUACUGGACAACAUGUUGUACAUGGUCAUCGUGCCCAUCGUGCCCGACUACAUCGCCCACAUGCGCGGGGGCAGCGAGGGCCCAACCCUGGCCUCCGAGGUGUGGGAACCCACCCUGCCGCCGCCCACUCUGGCUAACAGCAGCGCCUACUGGGCCAACACCUCGGUGUCCCCGACGGCUGCCGGGUCUGCCCGGUCGAUCCUGCGACCUCGCUACCCCACAGAAAGUGAAGAUGUGAAGAUAGGGGUGUUAUUUGCCUCCAAAGCCAUCCUGCAGCUGCUGGUGAACCCCUUGAGUGGGCCUUUCAUUGAUCGCAUGAGCUACGACGUCCCACUGCUUAUUGGCCUGGGCGUCAUGUUCGCUUCUACAGUGAUGUUUGCCUUUGCAGAGGACUAUGCUACGCUCUUCGCUGCACGCAGUCUGCAAGGCCUAGGCUCAGCCUUCGCGGACACGUCUGGCAUCGCCAUGAUCGCAGACAAGUAUCCGGAGGAGCCAGAGCGCAGCCGUGCCCUGGGCGUGGCGCUGGCCUUCAUCAGCUUUGGAAGCCUAGUGGCACCGCCCUUUGGGGGCAUCCUCUAUGAGUUCGCUGGCAAGCGCGUGCCCUUUCUAGUGCUUGCUGCUGUUUCACUCUUUGACGCUCUACUUCUGCUGGCGGUGGCCAAGCCCUUCUCGGCCGCAGCACGGGCGCGGGCCAACCUUCCUGUGGGUACGCCUAUCCAUCGCCUCAUGCUGGACCCUUACAUAGCAGUGGUAGCAGGCGCGCUCACGACCUGUAAUAUUCCCCUUGCGUUCCUCGAGCCCACCAUUGCCACGUGGAUGAAGCACACGAUGGCCGCAUCCGAGUGGGAGAUGGGCAUGGUCUGGCUGCCAGCUUUCGUGCCGCACGUGCUAGGCGUCUAUCUCACCGUGCGCCUCGCGGCACGUUAUCCACACCUGCAGUGGCUGUACGGCGCCGUCGGUCUAGCGGUGAUAGGGGCGAGCUCCUGUAUUGUGCCUGCGUGCCGCUCCUUCGCGCCGCUAGUGGUCUCGCUCUGCGGCCUCUGCUUUGGCAUUGCGUUAGUGGACACGGCUCUGCUGCCCACGCUCGCCUUCCUGGUGGACGUGCGCCACGUAUCCGUCUAUGGCAGCGUCUAUGCCAUAGCUGACAUCUCCUAUUCCGUGGCCUACGCGCUCGGGCCCAUAGUGGCAGGCCAUAUCGUGCACUCACUUGGCUUUGAGCAGCUCAGCCUUGGCAUGGGCCUGGCCAACCUGCUCUACGCGCCAGUUCUGCUGCUCCUGCGUAACGUGGGCCUUCUUACACGCUCUCGUUCUGAGCGCGAUGUGCUGCUUGAUGAGCCGCCGCAGGGUCUGUAUGAUGCGGUGCGCCUGCGUGAGCGGUCGGUGCAGGGCACCGACGGCGGCGAGCCUUGCAGCCCGCCUGGCCCUUUCGGUGGGUUCGAGGACGACAAUUACUACUAUACCUGCAGCUAGCAGCCCCGCUCCGCCUCCAGGUCAUCUCCCUCCCGCCUCUAGGGUCCAGGUGACUGCUCUGAGAGCCUUCUGGUCAACUAGGGCUUAGGGCCCGCCUCCUCCAGCGAGUACCCCAGCCCUUCCCCAGUCUUGAUUCCCUUGCUGAUAUCCCUUCUCCGUGACCCUUCUCAAUCCCCCCAUCCCCGUAUCCAUUGGAGGGGGGGAUGGAGCACGGGGACACAAGAAUUGCGCUCCUGCGAAUGUGAAGAGGUGUGCGGUCCUCACCUCACCUCGGAGCUCCCCGAAGUAGAGCCAUGCAUCUGUUUGUCCUUCCUUGGAUCUUUCCAGUGCCAAACUUGGCGUGCUGCACCGCGGUGCCUCUGGCCUGAAUUAA